AUGGUGAACACUGGCAUGCAGCUGAUCAGCUUCACCUGCGCGGUGACUGGCUGGAUCAUGGCGAUCGCUGUCACGGCCUUGCCUCAGUGGAAGGUCUCGGCCUUCAUUGGCAGCAACAUUCUGACCUCAGAGAUCAAGUGGGAAGGCAUCUGGAUGAACUGUAUCUACCAGACCACUGGUCACAUGCAGUGUAAGACGUACGACUCAAUGCUGGCCCUGCCUCCAGACAUCCAGGCAGCUCGUGCUCUCAUGUGUCUGGCCAUCUUCAUGGGCUGGCUCUCCUGCACCGUGUCCUGCUGCGGCAUGAAGUGCACCACCUGCGCCGGGGACGACCGCCGGGCCAAGGCGGGCAUUGCCCUCUCAGGUGGGGUUCUGUUCAUUCUGACCGGCCUGUGCGUGCUGAUUCCAGUUUCCUGGACUGCUAACACAGUCGUCCAGGAUUUCUACAACCCCAACGUGCCCUUGAUGCACAAAAGAGAGCUGGGUCAGGCUAUUUAUCUGGGCUGGGCUUCUGCGGUUAUUCUUAUGAUCAGUGGAGCUGUGCUGAGCAGCACCUGCCCCCUCAUGGAGAGGGGCGGCAGGUACCGCAGGGGCUACAUAGGCCGGAGCUUUGCUAAUUCACCUGCUUCAGCACCAGAUCCCCCAAAGCCUAUCACAUCCAACAGUGUACCAUUAAAGGAGUAUGUAUAG